GCUGGGGGAGAGAUGAACCCGCCCCCGCUGCCAAACUCGAGUGGAUUCAGAACCCCUAUGAUGCGGUUUUCCCUGCCUCUCUCGGUACCUCAAAUCAGAACUGCGUAGACCUGGACUUGGCUGAGGGUCGUAAGUGGAUUGACCAGUUUUUCCCCAACGCGGAAACCUACCGAAGACUCCAACAAGUCAAGUGCCGCUAUAAUGCGGUUGAUAUGUUCAACUUCCCCGCGAUCGAUCUGAUGACGAUUGACAUUGAUGACAGCAUAUGCGAAGCAGGAACUACCACUACGUCCACGACAACCAAUGCAGACAGUACUGCCAGUAGCUCCAGGGCUAGAACUACAGCUGCUGGAUCCUUCUCGACGAGCAAGAGUACUACUUCCGGACACUCUGAUUGCAAAGAGGCCGAUCGGAAGUGUUCCGAGGGCUACCCAGGCUCCUUUUGUAUGACGAAUAAGCUUCCGAAC